AUGUCGUUGGCGCUGCUGGACAGGAACGUGUUCAAGAAGACGCUGGAGGUUGUGGGGGUGCGUGUCGAGGCCAAGAAAAUCGGUUCCGUGAUCAAGAAAUUGCACGGCCACUUGCUCAAUCUGCCGCGACUACGAAACGUGGUGCCCGACCCGGUUCAUCCCGAUCCGUUCAAGAAUUCCAGCAGUAAAUUGAUUUUACUCAAUACUGACGUCAAAGACACUGAGACGCUGCAGCCACUGAAGGAGGAGAUUGUGAGUUUUUUGAAGCAGGAGAGUCUGGCUAUUGUCCGUCAUGCCAUUGAGCUGGAUUACAGCUACUUUGCAGUGGAUCAGGUGCUCAGUGAGCUCUUGCCCAACGACAUUGACGUCCCCAGCUCGUUCGAGACGGUCGGACACAUUGCACACUUGAACUUGAGAGACAAGCAGUUGCCGUACAAGAAUGUCAUUGGACAGGUCAUUCUCGACAAGAAUGCACAGCUCCGGACAGUUGUGAACAAGACGGACAAUAUCGAGACCAAGUUCCGCACGUUUCCGAUGGAAGUGCUCGCUGGAGACGAUGAUAUGGAAGUGGUGGUACAUGAGAGCAAGGCCACGUUCAAGUUCAAUUACGCUGAAGUGUACUGGAACUCUCGCUUGCAACAGGAACAUUUGCGGAUCAUCCGUCGCAUCAAGCCUUGUGAUGUGGUUUGUGAUAUGAUGUGCGGUAUCGGUCCUUUUGCUAUUCCGGUGGCCAUCAAUGGCAGCAAAGUUUAUGCGAACGACUUGAAUCCGCGGAGCUACCAUUACUUGAAAGAAAACAUUGCACUGAACAAAGUGGGCAAGCUUGUGACGCCCUACAAUCUAGACGGCCGUGUGUUUUUGGCGAAAUUACUGAGCGAGAAGAAGCAGUUUACACACGUGCUGAUGAACCUACCGGCUAUUGCGCUCGAGUUCCUCGAUGCAUUUCCUCGACAAUUUGAUCAUUGGGAAGGCGAGCUACCCUACAUUCAUUGCUACUGCUUCUCUAAUGCUCCAGAUGUCAAAAAGGAUGUGAAGGAGCGCGUCGAAAAGAUCAUGGGUGGAGAACUGGAUUUGGGCAGGACGGAGUUCCAUCAUGUGCGGGACGUGGCCCCUAAAAAAGCUAUGCUCUGCAUCUCGUUUCAAUUACCCGAGUCCAUUGCGUUCAGCUCUGAGCGUCUGACGUCGAAACAGAAUGAUCGAAAGCGACAGAAGGUCGAGGCCGUGACCACAGCUUAA